CGAAAAGGAAGUGAGGUAGUCUGGAGUCAGCGCGGGACUUGGCAGCUUCAGGGAGGGGCUUGGACCCGCGGUGUUUAACGCCAUUUGAGUAGGGGUCGAUCUGGUCGAUGCCGUUUGCUGAGGUUGGUUGCUGUGGUGAUUCCUGUUCAUUUCCUUAGAGAGAGGUUUGCCUGAAUCCAUCAUUGCGGCUGCAUGUUCAAGGAGUGGCCAGAGGGUUCUGCAUGUUGAUUCAAGAAACUACUAUGGAGGAAACUGGGCCAGUUUUAGCUUUUCAGGACUGUUGUCCUGGCUAAAGGAAUAUCAGUCAUUUCAAUGAUGCUGAAGUGAUGAUGUCCUUGGAAUUUCAAUGUGAUGAAAGGAAAAGAAAACAAUGACAUUGUGAUUGAUAAUUCACUGUGGCAAGAACAAAUCCUUGAAAAUGAAGAAGCCAUUGCUCUUAGCAGGAAGGACAAAACUAUUCAACACGUGGAAGUAUUUUGUUAUGCCAGUCAGGAUUUGCAUGAAUAUGUUGAAGAAGCUGGUGCACUGAAGAAAAAUCAUGCUUGUGUGACACCUGUGAACUCCUCAAAAGCUGCAGAUUCUGCCUGUCUGCCUACAGAAGAUGCGUCAUUAAGCACUGAGAGCUGUGAAGUACCUGCAGAACAAACUCCAAGCAGUGAUCCAGAGAGUACCCUAGAAGUAAAUGAUGCUGAAGCAACAGGGGAGAAAGAAAACCAUAGUGAUGAUAAAAUUUCAGAAGAAAAAACAAAUGAAAAUGUGCCUACAGCAGAGGACACUGCAGAGCAACCAAAGAAAAAUCGGAUUACUUACUCACAGAUUGUUAAAGAAGGCAGGAGAUUUAAUAUUGAUUUAGUGUCAAAGCUCCUGUAUUCUCGGGGAAUGCUAAUUGAUCUUCUAAUCAAAUCUAAUGUUAGUCGAUAUGCAGAGUUUAAAAAUAUCACCAGGAUUCUUGCUUUUCGAGAAGGAAGAAUGGAACAGGUCCCUUGUUCCAGAGCUGAUGUCUUUAAUAGCAAACAACUUACUAUGGUAGAAAAGCGAAUGCUGAUGAAAUUUCUUACCUUUUGUAUGGAAUAUGAGGAACAUCCUGAUGAAUAUAAAGCCUAUGAAGACAUUACAUUUUCUGAGUUUUUAAAAACUCAAAAAUUAACCCCAAACCUCCAAUAUUUUGUCCUGCAUUCAAUUGCAAUGACAUCAGAGACAACCAGCAGUACCAUUGAUGGUCUCAAAGCUACCAAAAACUUUCUUCACUGCCUUGGGCGGUAUGGUAACACUCCAUUUUUGUUUCCUUUAUAUGGCCAAGGAGAACUUCCUCAGUGUUUCUGCAGGAUGUGUGCUGUGUUUGGUGGAAUCUAUUGUCUUCGCCAUUCUGUACAGUGCCUUGUAGUGGACAAAGAAUCCAGAAAAUGUAAAGCAAUUAUAGAUCAGUUUGGUCAGAGAAUAAUCUCUAAGCAUUUCCUUGUGGAGGACAGUUACUUUUCUGAGAACACAUGCUCACGUGUGCAAUACAGGCAGAUCUCCAGGGCAGUUCUGAUUACAGACAGAUCUGUACUAAAAUCAGAUUCGGAUCAACAGAUUUCCAUUUUAAUAGUACCAGCAGAGGAGCCAGGAAGUUUUUCUGUUCGAGUCAUUGAGUUAUGUUCUUCAACGAUGACAUGCAUGAAAGGCACCUAUUUGGUUCAUUUGACUUGUACAUCUUCUAAAACAGCAAGAGAAGAUUUAGAAGCAGUUGUGGAGAAAUUGUUUACUCCAUAUACAGAAACAGGCAUAGAAAAUGAAGAAGUUGAAAAGCCAAGAAUUCUGUGGGCUCUCUAUUUCAAUAUGAGAGAUUCUUCCGACAUCAACAGGAACUGUUAUAAUGAUUUACCAUCCAAUGUUUAUGUCUGCUCUGGACCAGAUGGUGGUUUAGGAAAUGAUAAUGCAGUCAAACAGGCUGAAAUAAUUUUCCAGAGUAUAUGCCCCAAUGAAGACUUCUGUCCACCCCCACCAAAUCCUGAAGAUAUUGUCCUUGAUGGAGACAGUUCACAACCAGAAUCUUCAGAAUCCAGUGCCAUUCUAGAAGCCAACUCAGAGACUCCCGCAGAAAGUACAACCCUGGGAAACCCAGAGGAGACCUCUGAAUAAAGGCUAUAUAUCAAACUCAAUACUCCACUUUGGAAAUUCCCAUGGGCUUCACAAUCUUCCUGAUGUAAAAAAAAAAAAAACACUUUUAGAAGUCAGCAGCCAGUUGACAUGCAGAAUUAUAAGAAGCAACAGGUCAAAGAAAUCCAUAAGGGAAUUUUCCUUAAAAGAGGACAUUCCAGUAACACAAAGCACUUAUAAAGCACAUUGACUUACAUGCCUAUUUUAAAUACAAAAACCUAUGAAAUUAACCAGAUAAAAAUUAUAAAUGAACUGAUUCCUGGGAAUAUAACUAUGGAUUUAAAAGUAAUCCUAUGCAUUGUUAAUAAUUUUGUGGUGUUAGGACAACUUCUUUUUGCCACUUUGGAUCUUUUUUAAAAGCUACACCUUGAGAAUCAGCUCACAUAUUUCCUUUGAUUAUUUAUUAAAAUUACAGAUAUGAGCAUAUGACAAAACAUAAAAGCAUAUGUAAAUUAAGUGGAGAAAAACUGAAGCAUCAAGAUCCAGGCCAAAGUAUGUGUUUGGAAUAAAAGUUUGUUUUCUGUGUUGACAACAGUAUAAAAUGCCAAUAUUAAGAUAUUUAGGCACUUUUAUAAACCUUAAGUCCAUUACUCAGUAAUGUUUUUAAAUAUUAGUACUAAUAUUUAUAUGUGAAUCUUCUACACACUGGAAAAAGCUCAAUCAUGAAGUAUUGAAAGAAUAAAAGAAAAGGUUUAGAUAGGAUCCCUGAUAUUUGGAAAUUCUAUGGCAUGAAGUAACUGGAACACUAUCCUAAUUGUCUACAGACCUAAUUUAGUCAGAGCUGUGCUACUGAUAGUAGGCAAAUUGUUUUAUCUUCUGAAACUGUUUCUCAAUAUGUAAAGAAGAAACAAUAAUCUGCCUAUUGUGUGACAGUGAUUAUGAAGAUGAAAGCAAUGCCAUCCUUAGACUGUUUUAUUCUGGAAAAUUUUGUUUCAGAAUUUUCUCAUUGACUUGGGACUGAAUAUCAAAAAACUUGUGCAGAAAAUAAUUGCUUGUCAUAAAAAUAGAUCAUGUUUUUGUAUUAAGCUUUUUAAAUGAAUAUUUGUGUCUGAAAUUAGUAUUUAGUACUCUUUAUAGACCAGUAAACAUAGUAACACAUGGAUUUCCAAUUUUGAAAUAUAAUAAGGCAAACACUCUGUAAAUUCUUAUUCCUUUUCUGAUAGGUAGGCCUGAAACCAUAAAGGUCUCUGAAUAGAGUGUAACAUUUGAUAAACCCUAAUACACACUCCAAAUAAAUAUGAGAGUGUAUACAUAGGCAGCAAAUCUACAUACAGCAACAGUGCCUGCAUUUAAAUUUUCCGAAUGCCAAGCUCUGAUGGUUUACUUCUUUUGAGCAAUAGUUUUGACUUAGAACUGCUUGUAAAUAAAUAAACAGACUUGAAGCCUCUUGUCACAUAGUUUGGCUUUUAUUGCCUCUCAGGGAGCUAUGGCUCCAGUGGAAAGCACAUAGUUCUUACACACUUCAGCUGCAAAUGGUCCCUGACCUCCUCUUGUUCUGGAAAAGGUCUUGAAGCUAGUUGUGACAGUAAUAGAUUCAUGGGAAAUGGAAAGAACCAAGGAAUGUAGCUCUUGCUUCACCUUUCCAACCCCCACAUAUAGAGCUGAAUCCAGAGGAAAGGAAAACUUUCUAGCCUCUCAGGCUGUUCCUGUCCCCUCCUCCCAUUGUACAGUACCUCCCCUGUCUUACUUGCCCUCUCUUUCUCUCUUUUCCCCUUUUAUAAUGUCACACACAAAUCAGGGACAGUAGAAUCACAUUAUAACAAUAUAUAUAAGGAUUCAGAUCUUUUUUGAACUCAAAUCAUGUUUUUGAAGCCUAAUUAGGACAAUGCACUGAAUGCUUAGUACAUACCCAUAAGUAUACCAGGAAUUGGUCCUGCCCUUCAAUACCAGCAAUACAUAUAUGAGAGUAUUAAAUAUGAAUAUAAUUGCAGUAAGUUGUACCAAUCAAGAUAUUACACUUUUUUUUUUUAAUCUUAGAGUUAAGGCUCUCCUGAAUGCAGAUGCACAUUUAUGUAAACAGACAAUCAGGGUAGGCCUAAUAUAACUAAAAAAAAAUAUUAGAUAGCCUUAAUGCAGCUGUCUAUAUAUAGAACAAGAAGCUAAUUUGUACUCUCAUGGCCCAGCCCACAUUGUACCAUAUUUCAUCUGUUCAACAAUAUCAGUCUCUUCCAUGCCAUUUACUAAAUAACAUAGAAAUGUUUAAAAGCUCCUGAGUGUGAUUUGUGAUGAAUACAAUACUACACAACUGCUAAGAACCUUAUUACAGAAUUCUAGCUAUUUCUGGUUGCCUCAGAAUGUAAUAGAUAUUAUUUAAGAGCUUUCUCUUCAGUUAUCUUAAUACUUAAAGUACUUAUUUCUGUAGAUAUUAAAUCGAAGUAAAAAAUUUUGAUUUUGUUGCAAAACUUUAAACAUGAAGGCAUAAGAAUAAAAUUUAUGUACAUAAUUAGAAAAAAAUUCAGUAGCUAAUUAAAAAUUUGAAAAAUUUUAUUAAAGACUUGAAUAUUUAAAUAUUUACUUGUGCAUGCUUAUUAACCAAAAAUGAUAUAUUCAGUUUAAUGAUUCAUAAGAGCAUUAAUAACUAAUGCUUCUGUAUUUUAUUUCUAGUUGGUGUGCCUGCCCAAGAAAACAUAUAAUUAUAAUGAAGGUCAAUUUAUAUAUUUUUCUAUAGUGAAAUGGCCAGUUAAUGGGUAACUUCUAGAAUAGUGGUAGUUUCUCAGAUUGGCAGUCAUUUGUCCAAAAUAAUAGCCUUGAUUAUUUAAUUUUAUUAUUGAUGAUAAUGAUUUAUUCUGUCAAGGCCAAACUUUCCUGGAUUGUCUGCCCUUGGUCUAAACUCCUGAAAAAUUCCAAAACAAUUGUUUAGAAUUGAUAAAUAGAAGUGAUCAUUAAAAUUUAAAUUGUAAUUCUGCAAAUCAGUUGUUUACUGCUACCAGUAUUGAAUAAUUUGUCUUAUUCUCAGUAAAUUUUGUCAAAUUCCAAAAAGCAUGAAUCUAUAUAUAUGGUCAUUUAUAAUUUGUAUACUGUAACAAUUUUCAGAGGAAAUAAAGACUUCAAUGCCUUUCA